GCGCGGCUCGGGAGAGCGCUCCUCCGCCCCGCGCGCCGUCCCUGCGCCCCGCUCCGCCCGCGCCUCUGCGCGCCGCGCCUCGGGCGUCCAGAGCGCGCCCCUCGCGCCGCAGCGAGCGCCGCCCGCAGCAGCCCAGCCCCAACCUUCUCCUCCUCCUCCUCCGCCACCGCCGCCGGACACGCAGCCGCAGGCCGGGGCCGGGACGCAGCUGGGGAGUCAGGGACGCGCGCAGUCAGCCCUUCCCCCUCCGGCUCCCGCACCGCCGGCAGCCUCCCCUCGCCCUCCUCCUCCCUCCCUGCUCCCUCGCUUCUCCUCCUCCUCCUGCACCGCCCGGCUGCCAGCACCAUGUCCGCAGGGGGAGAUUUUGGGAACCCACUGAGAAAAUUCAAGUUGGUGUUCCUGGGGGAACAGAGCGUCGGGAAGACGUCUCUGAUCACACGAUUCAUGUACGACAGCUUCGACAACACGUACCAGGCGACCAUUGGGAUUGACUUCUUGUCAAAAACCAUGUACUUGGAGGAUCGUACGGUGCGGCUGCAGCUCUGGGACACAGCCGGCCAGGAGAGGUUCCGCAGCCUGAUUCCCAGCUACAUCCGGGACUCCACAGUGGCUGUGGUGGUGUACGACAUCACAAAUCUCAACUCCUUCCAACAGACCUCUAAGUGGAUCGACGAUGUCAGGACAGAGAGGGGCAGCGAUGUUAUCAUCAUGCUGGUGGGCAACAAGACGGACCUGGCUGACAAGAGGCAGAUAACCAUCGAGGAGGGGGAGCAGCGCGCCAAAGAGCUGAGCGUCAUGUUCAUUGAGACCAGUGCAAAGACCGGCUACAACGUGAAGCAGCUCUUCCGACGUGUGGCGUCAGCUCUGCCUGGAAUGGAGAAUGUCCAGGAGAAAAGCAAAGAAGGGAUGAUCGACAUUAAGCUGGACAAACCCCAGGAGCCCCCAGCCAGUGAGGGCGGCUGCUCCUGCUAAUGCAGCCUGACCUGCCAGCUCCCUUUGACACUACUCGCUUGUUGUGUUGCUUCCUAUUGGUUAGCUUCCUAAGGGGGGGUGGGAAAUGAGCUUAUCAAGAUGGGAGGAUUUUUCUUUUCUCUCUGUCUCUAGGAGUAGGGUGGGGUGGGAGGGAGGCUGGGCAUCAGGGAUCACGUCACUCUUAACAGCUGUUACUUAAACAACUAUUUUUUGGUUUGGUUGUAAUAUAUUGUACUUUAUUAAGAUUGCCAAAAACUGUUAAAAUUUAAAAAAAAUUUAAAUCAUGUGUAUACAACUUUUUGCCAGAUAAAAAUGUAGUCAUUUUUAUUUAAAAGAUGUGUUUUGUUUUUGUAUAUUUGUAAACUUACAGAGAACCUUUUCCACACACCUCCUCCUUCCUGCCCUCUUUGAAUGGUUCAUCACCUCUGCCCUCCUUCCACCCCAGCCCGAUAAAUUACAGUUAACGGGGCAACUUAAUUAGGCUCCAAUCCCAAGCCCCACCACCAAACAGGCCCUACCUGGUUGAAUCAAAUACUGAACAAAAUAGCCUCUGAAGAGGCAACUUUUAACUCUGUCCCUCUAACGUGGCCAGAGUGGGACAUCAGCCAUGGCCCUGAGCUGAAAUUACAGCCUGUGGACGGCAGAGAGCCCAGCGGGAGGCCUCACUGGCGUUGCUCCUGCCUCUCCCUUCCCUUCCCUGACAAGCCUUGAAGGGGUGGAAGGCACUUGCCACAGGCAAGUGUGUCCUCUGUGGCCCACUCAGUGAUUGGCAGAGCAAGAGGUCGUCGGAAGGACGGGGGUGCUGUUGGCAACUGUGGGCUUGUACACGUCGAUCUGCGGCUCAUAGCCUUGAGGCACCAUGUGUGGUUCUGAAAAUGUUCUAACCAACCCAUCCCUGGGUUGAAUCUAAGGGAAGGGCAAAAAGAAACUCAGUGUGUGCUGCCCUGAAGCCCUCGUCCUUGCACGUCAGGGAAGCCAGAGCCUGUAUCACGCGGUGUUUGUCUAUGACUGGGGAAGGGAGGGUCGACGGCAGUACCGCCGCCUUGAAGAUGCAUGCUCAGAUCCUCGGUUGCUAAUGCUGUUGAGUGCUGUUCUGGAAAAGCUGACUUGCCCCACUGGCGUCGUGCAGUUGUAAUCAUUGUACACGUACCUUUAAGGAUAUUGUAGCAGCGCUCUGGUUGCCUGAGGGUGCUGCUGACAUGCGGUCUCCAGAAGGCUGCCCAGAGAGAGCCAUCCUUGCCAUUUUGACUCAUUUCUGAGAAGGGCUUAGUCCUGAGGGCCUGUAAAAUCUCCAAAGAGAAUUCUAAGUGAUGUAACCCAUUUGGCCAGCAUUCCAAAUAGACUCAGACUUACUGAACCUGAGCCUGCAUACAGCCAGGCAGUAGGCAGCAACUCUGGCUAAAAACAGUAAACCCUGCCCUCCAAGCUGGUAUUGUCUCUGCCGCCAGGCUGCUGUUGGGCAUGUCCUAGGUGAGCUCCAUGGCCAUCUGGGAGUGGGAGGGGGGAAUUCCUCCACAAAACAGGACUCCAACAAGUUAUUGCAAUGAAUUUUGGAACUUCUCAGAAACUAAUCCAAAAUGGCAGCCAAUAAGUACAGGACUCACUGGUAUUUGUCCAGGGGGCCUGUGACACUCUCUCAGCUCAAGGAGACUGGAUGUCAGAGCUGAUCUUUAGAGAGGAAUUUAUCUUCAGGUGAAGAAGAGAGGAAGCAGGAUUCUCACUGAGCUCCUCUUCCAGAAGGCAAAGACUGAUGUACGAACGUAAUUCCAGUGUCAUGUGUUUGGUUUUUCUAUGUGUGUACAUAAUUAUAUAUAGAGAUAGACUUGUGUAUACACCUUCCACACACACAUUCUCACAGAGAUACAUGUGCUCAAUGUAUAUUCUUGUUGUUCCUGCUCUCGAGUUGGAACUUGCAUUGUGAUAACAGUUUUGGAAAUUCAAAAGUACUGCAAUGUGUUGAAAUAAGAAAUACUUAAUACUGUCAAAAAACUUGUGAUUGUCUUGCCAUCAAUAAACUAAUGCAUAGAUGUGUUCAACUACAGGCAAAAAUAGCCAUGGGAAUAUGCGCACCAUUUCUCUCUAUACUUAUAUGCAGAGGUGUGCAUGCCCGUGUGGGCCAGUACCCGCCACGACUGCACCCCCCCAAGUGGUGCUUGUUGGAAGAGUGCUUACUUACCUCGUGAGAAUUUAUAGGAGUCCACGUUACAGCGUCCGGCCUGGCCGGCAGUGAGGCCCAUUGCUUUUGGCCUCUGGGACGGCCCCAUUUGCUGGGAUCUGCAUUGGGUCCCUGUGGAUGAAUGUAUGGUGGAUUUUAAUUUCCUUGGUACUAAAGAGUAGCUUUUCUUAAACAUUCCUGUACAAACAAAGCAGAAACUCUGUUCCCUUCUCAUGUGCACACAUAGUUAAGGUACCACGAACACUUUUUCCAUCACAGCCUAGAAGCAGUACGAGAUGCAGCAGAUGUCACGUGGUUAGAUGUGGCCUCGGUGAGCCCUGCCUUGCCAGCAUGUACACAAGGUGCUCUCUCGAGUGCAGGCUCUCCCCAGCCCGGCGGGCUUCUGAGGUGAGGGCAGUUGUCUCCUCUGGCCCUACCACCUUAGUGGUGCCACGCCAUUCCAUGACCCCCCUUCGCGCAGGCCUGAUUGCCACCCCUCACUCCCUGGUCUGUUGAGGCAGCCAGAUCUCUUGCACAGAAGUGGGUUGGUUCCUUGGCUCUCAUUUUGAGCAGGUGCCAUCACUGUUCUCUUGCUUGUAGGGAGUAUCUUGACUUGGAGUUAAGGUCCAGUCAUAAGAUGAUCAGGUUCCCUUGAAGAAGAGGGGAUGAAAUUGCCUCCACAUCCCCCGAGAGUGUUACAUCCCCACUGAAUCCAGAUGGCCAGCCUGAGGCAAAGCCAAUCAUUCAGUCCCUCUCCCUAAGGACUAGCCUCACCUGGGAGAUGGCCAGGGUCAUCUUCAGGCCCUUUUUUUCCCCUUUGUGUGUGUGUGUGUGUUGGGGGAGGGGGGUCUCAAAAGCUGUCAGUAAAGCUCCUAUUCCACAGGCAUCUGAAAAACAGAACGUAAGAUGCAGGAAGCAGAUAGCAUAUUUAUAAAUGCACACACGUGCCAGAAUGAAGAUGUGAUGCCAGCAGCUUAAGUGUGAGAACUGCAGCGUAGAGUCCACGGUUAGCAAGCUGGGCGGUUAUGAGCAAGUCCCUCUUGGUCAGAGGCCUCUCUGCCAUCACUGUCACCACCCUCUUCCAUCAGCAUCCUCAAACAUUCUGGAAUGCUCUCGGGUCUGAGGAGCAAUGGCCAGGUCAGUUCAAGAGUCUCGCAACAGAAACAAGAAUGAAAAUGGCAGUAGCUAAGUGUACAGACUUAUCUUGAGUGCAGCGUCUCUGGCCUCCGGAUGGCAAGCCGGUGCUGGGAGCCCCCGCCCUCAAGUACCAGGUGUGACAAAAUGGCACCGCUGGCUUCGGUGUCCUGCAGGCAGAGCAGCCUCAUUCCUUCACACGGCAGAAGGCAGGUGAGGAUGUCAGGAUGUAAGAACAGGUAGCCAAGGACUGAGUCCCAUCAGAGCCACAUGAGGGGCAGCCAAACAGAAGUUUUUGUGCGUCAACCAAGCAGGGCUGUAUGCUCACUGAUUUCCAAACUACCUCUCCCCCGAGCACGUGAGGCGUCACCACCUAGCUACAGCAGCAUGACGCGGAGGUCUCACAACCCUUCCUGUCUCACAGACAGGAAGACCGAGGCAGAGAAGACCCACUUGCUUCUGGUCACCCAGCAAGCCGGAAUCGGUCAGAGCCAAGGUGUUUCCAUUCUUCAUCCAUCGCCAACCUGUGUGUGCAGAUGUGACCGUGCACUUGCACGUAAAGGGCUGCUGGGCACAGGUGCUCCUCAGGCCACCUCUACUCUGGUUAGGACUCUGGCCAGCGCAGCUGAGUGAGCUGGGAAAGAAUGCACGUCCAUUUCACGCCCCUCUAUUGCCAAGAAGGGCAGUCCCCAACCACUCUGUCAUGGGCACCCACAGACCAGGGCACCCUUUGAGUUUCUGUUUGAAAUGAACUCUCUAGGUGUUCCAAAACCUUGGGCUCUUGUGUGUAAACUCUCCGGCGCCAGACCCCUGUGCGGCUGACACUCCCCACAGGGCAUGGCUUAUCCUUGCAAUGGGGUUUGGAAGCUUCCUUCCAGCAGGAAGCCUCCAGACGUGGAAGGCCAGCCUGCAUCGCAUGGUGUGUCAUCUUGUCCCCCCACUUUCCCACACCCAUCCCCUGGAAAGUGACUGGCCAUGAGGAGCACAGAGGGUGGCAUUCCCAUCUUUUACUGGCUCAGCAGGCAUAAAUGGCCACACUGACUUUACGUAAAACUGUGUAAAAUGUGGAAGACUCAGCAUGUUGAUCAAACAAUAAACUGUCCUGAUUCUCAACACGAAAC